UAAGUUUGGGCCAAAACAAGCCGCAUCCUUCUAACUUUUUUCCGGUCUCUGCCAAACAGAGCCCCGGUUACUUCCACCGUUUUCAGAUCGUUUUGCCCUCCAGCCAAUUCAACACAGACUCAAACGCUACUCAAAUAUAAUGAAUCCUCAACAAAUCCCACCUGAUUCUGACCACCCCCACCUCCCAACCAUCAAGAUCCGUCACCCCGCCCCCGCUUCUACCUCCGCCUCUUCCGCCGUCUCCGUCGCCGCUGCUACCCCUACUCCCACCUCCCUCGCUAGACGCAAGAUCGGCGUUGCUGUUGACCUAUCCGACGAAUCCGCUUUUGCCGUCAACUGGGCUGUCGACAAUUACCUCCGUCCCGGCGACGGUGUCGUCCUCGUCCACGUGUCUCCCACGUCCGUCCUCUUCGGUGCCGACUGGGGCCCACUCCCCCACCACCAGGAGAACGCUGAUGAGAACAGUAGUGAUGGUAGUUACAGUUACAAAGAACGUAAAGAGCAGCAGAUGGAAGAUGAUUUUGACAACUUUACGGCGACCAAAGCGGCUGAUCUGGCGAGGCCUUUGAAGGAGGCUGGGUUUCCGUACAAGAUACACAUUGUUAAGGAUCAUGACAUGAGGGAGAGGCUGUGUUUGGAGAUUGAGAGGUUGGGUUUGAGUGCAGUGAUAGUGGGGAGUAGAGGGUGUGGAGCUGAGAGGAGAGGGGGUGAUGAGAAGUUGGGGAGUGUAAGUGAUUAUUGUGUGCGCCAUUCUGUGUGCCCUGUGGUGGUUGUUAGAUAUCCUGAGGAUAAGGAUGGCGGUGAGCCGGUGGUCAGUGUUAAGGCACCGGAGGAGAUAGAGGAGGACCGUGAAGUUGAGAAGCAUAAAGAUGCUUAGUAGCCCCUGGGGUCAUGGCUUGACCCUCUCCAGUAGGAGGAUUUUCUUGAACGUCACUAUCUUAAAUGUUGUUUUCAAAUGUUGUAGAUGACCUAGAAUCAAUCAAGUCGACAGUGAAGAGCCGACAUGUACGCGUCAUCAAUGUGAUCUUGCUAAUCCAUAAGAUGUUAGGAAUUCCAUGCUUGCCAUGCCUCGUUUUUAUUCUGAAAACAUGGUUAUUCAUGUGUGAACUAUGCAAUGCAGCCGUUGACGAGGCUUUAAUUUACUUUAAUGCCCGUUUGCAAAACGUGUUUGACUGCAUUGUGGUAUAUGCAGGAUUUCUAUGACUAUGGAAGACCCUUUCCAGAUCAUCAUUUGAUGUCUUAUUGCAAAUUCCUUGGUAUUAUUAAAAAAAUAAAUGUCAUCGUUUGAAGGGAUUAAUAGUUUUCGAGAAUCA